AUGCUGAAGCCAUCAUUUCACCAAGAGAAGCUGAAGAGACCAGUCAUGGAUUUGGAGCUAGACCAUGUCCUCUGCACUGUCCUUUCUCUAGAAGAAGACUAUCCAGCAUUAUCUCCUCCCCUGAGGAGCCAGGAUAAUCUAUCAAAUCAUUUCUUUACUUCUGGUUAUUUUAUUUCACAGAAGGAGACACAGGAAGGUCUUCAUCACUCAGCUAUCCUCCAGCAGACAGUGUGUGAACUAUAUUCUAUGCUAGGAAUUUAUGAAGGAUCCCAGAUGGGGAAGAUAAUGGGUCAAAACAUAACGAACGUUACAAUCUCUAAGACUAACAAGGAGGACAAACCGAGGAAUCCACUGAAUCCACUCAAAAGAAAAAAUCCUGAUCAUGGACAGAAUGGAUGUAAGAAGCCCAGACUAGAGACAAUGCCUUCCGGUGCCCAAUCCAGAAAGAAAACCAUCUACAGUAAUGAGCAGAUCAAGUUCCUUCAGAACCAGUUUGACUGUAACCCGUAUCCAGAUUUUGUGAGCAAAUGUCGUAUGUUUCAGAUCACAGGGAUCCCAGAACCCAAUAUACAGGUUUGGUUCCAGAACAGAAGAGCAAGAUAUCUCUCAAGAAGAAAUCAAAUCCCGGAAAAGAAGAAACCUACAGCUCAAAUCCUUCUUGAUGUUUAUGAGAAGCUUCCAUCCAUCUCCAUGGAGGAUAUCUGGAUGUAG